UCCCUGCUGUACAAGAAGGUGAACGAGGCGCAGUACCGCAGCCACCUGGCCAACGAGAUGAUGAUGUACCACAUGAAGGUGUCAGAUGAUGAGUACACCAAGCUGCUGAGUGAGGGCAUCCAGCCCGUGUCCACCAUCGACCCCAACUUCUCCAGCUUCACCUACACGCCACGCUCGCUGCCUGAGGAUGACACCUCCAUGGCCAUCCUGAGCAUGCUGCAGGACAUGAACUUCAUCAACAACUACAAGAUGGACCGUCAAACGCUCACCAGGUUCUGCUUGAUGGUGAAGAAGGGCUACCGUGACCCUCCCUACCACAACUGGAUGCACGCCUUCUCUGUCUCCCACUUCUGCUACCUGCUCUACAAGAACCUGGAGCUGGUCAACUACUUGGAAGACAUCGAGAUCUUUGCCCUCUUCAUCUCCUGCAUGUGCCACGAUCUGGACCACAGAGGCACCAAUAACUCCUUCCAGGUGGCCUCGAAAUCAGUCCUGGCUGCGCUGUACAGUUCAGAAGGUUCUGUCAUGGAGAGGCACCACUUUGCCCAAGCCAUCGCCAUCCUCAACAGCCAAGGAUGCAACAUCUUCGACCACUUCUCCCGCAAGGACUACCAGCGCAUGCUGGACCUCAUGAGGGACAUCAUCUUGGCCACCGACCUGGCCCAUCACCUGCGCAUCUUCAAGGAUCUACAGAAGAUGGCAGAAGUGGGCUACGACCCCAAGAACAAGCAGCACCACAGUCUUCUCCUCUGCCUGCUCAUGACCUCCUGUGACCUCUCUGACCAGACCAAGGGCUGGAAGACCACCAGGAAGAUUGCAGAGCUGAUCUACAAGGAGUUCUUCUCCCAAGGUGACCUGGAGAAAGCCAUGGGCAACCGUCCAUUGGAGAUGAUGGACCGGGAGAAGGCCUACAUCCCCGAGCUGCAGAUCAGCUUCAUGGAGCACAUCGCCAUGCCCAUCUACAAGUUGCUGCAGGACAUCUUCCCCAAGGCAGCAGAGCUCUACGAGCGGGUGGCCAGUAACCGGGAGCAGUGGACAAAGGUGUCCCACAAGUUCACCAUCCGGGGUUUGCCCAGUAACAACUCCUUGGACUUUCUGGAUGAAGAAUAUGAUCUCCAGACCCCUGACCCUCAACUCAACGGUUGCCUGGAGCUCGAGGGGGGACAACCUGAGGCAGGGGCUGAGUGA